AUACUUACAAGCCACCAUGAGAGCGUUACAGGAGGAAGUAGCAGCAAGGUGUUUACUUAACUUUUCCAGAGAAUUGCUUUCCUUUUGUUCCUGUCAUAAAUCCGAAGUGGACAUACCCCAGCUCAAGCCAGGGUUGAACGUCUUGAUACUACGUGAGUUAAUGUUUGCAGGGCAGGGGUGGAUCUGUUUGCUAAAGAAAUUUGGACCAGUUUUUCCCAGAAAUACUCUGCAGAGUGAAUAACUGUGUGAGCCUGUCCAGAGCAGCUGCUUCGACACCAGCAGGAUAAGAUCUGACUGAAUCUGUAAUUUUGUUUAAUGUAGCUGUUGCAACAUAAACCUAACGAGGCUUGAAUACUGGGGCUUAUGUUUAUUUGUUUUGUAUAGCUUUGGAAUUAAUAUAAUCAUACAGAACAGCUAAGCCAUUUUACUCUCAUUAUCCAAGAUGUUAUUUAAUCUUUAGAGUCAAUCAGAUUAGAAGAAAUCGGUUACCACUUUCAAGAUAAAUCCUGUAUAUCAAGAUUCUGUAGUCAGGUCAUCCUAAGAGUACUGGGAACUCUCUACUGUUACCAUGCAGAGCUCAGGAGAUGCCGGAGUGUAUUUAGGACUCAGAAAUGCAAAGGGAAGGGCAUUCAUGAGCUUUGUUGCACAUAGCCUUAUUUCACAAUGUAAAAAACUAUGUCACUCAGUUACAACACAGAUGUUCUCAGGUUUUGUCAAAACAAAGCUCCCCCAUUCAAAAUUGCAAUUUAUCAAAUAUUCUUAGUCAAACCUGGAAUUAGUAUAUGUACACAACUGUUGCGCAUUUAUAGUGAAUAUCUAUGGAAGUUCAAGCACUAAUGAAUUAAAUUUAUACUGAGGAUUCACUCUAUGGGCUCAGAUUUAUCCUCUGGCCACAAGACUGAAGUAGACAUGAUUUGCCCACAUCUACACUGUUUAACUCUCUUGUUAGCCAAACAAGAUAGCUGGGAAUGGUAAAUAUCCUGUGUUAACUCCCAAAGUUAGGCAAAGGAAACAAAGCCUGUGUAUCCCCUCUGUACAUACAUAGAGAUCAGACUGCAGGCUCCCCUUUAAGCUUGGAAGAUAUUUGACUCUUAUGUCAGAACUGAACAAAAAUCCUCAGGAAGUGAAAGGACAAAACACCACACCUUCCAACACUGUGAUCAUUCAGUGUAGAAGUUUGUCCUUGCCAGGGGAACUCUCUUGAUAACUUAGUUCAUUUUUUCCCAUCUAAACUCCAGAAGGAACUCUUAAGUCAGAGACCUUGAGGAGCCCAGAAAAGCUGCAGAAAUACAUACAAACACAUUUAUCAGCUCUCCUAGAUUUGCAUACUUCUCAUGCCUACCACAGUAAAAAGCGAUUAUCUUCUGGAGCCUGUAGGUAGCCUGUACUUCAGCAGUCUCCUUUUAACUAUCGCAUGUCCAUCAAGAACUGAACUGCAUACCUAUACGUUAAGAAAGACUUUAAGCUCUUGAAAAGCAUAAAAAUCACCAGGCAUCUUAGCAAUGGCUGGUAAUUCUGCUACAGAGACCAUUUAGAUCUCUUCCAGAUCUAAAUUAAUGUACAGAAGGUACAUACAAAUGGUCCUCUUUAACCAGGUCUUCAAAGAUUACAUCCUUGCAACCAGACUGAUCUUGAGAAACUGCCAAGACCAAAGCACUGCUGGAGCUUAUUAGAUAAUGAAAAUAUACAGUGUGUCUGCUGAAUUCUCAGAGAUCAGCAUGGUCACUGAUGGGUCUCUUCCAUGAGAGCAAGGAAGGGGACCUAUACUCAGCUGUGGUACAGAAUGAUGCAGUGCCAGAACUCCCAUGACUGUUCUCUUAAAUGUUGGCCUUGACAUAAAUAUUUUUGCAUUAGUGAGCCACCACUUACUAUAAAACAUUUAAUAUAUCCUAUAGAAAAUGAAUGAGAAAAAUAGGGCAAGUAAUGGGAUUACCUGCAGUCAGUGAAUGAAUAUGUCAGAGGUGCAGUAAUCAUGUCAUGUGCUUCCUAAUCUGAUAGAUGCACUCAGAGACAGUUCAUGUGUGACAAUAAGCAGAGCAAUCCACGAGAUGCAAGCGUGCUCUAUGUCUUUCAACCUCCUGGCCACAGUAAGAGAUGUGUGAUGCUAUUUGUGCCCAUUGGUAGACACACGAUGUCAUGACAUGGUUACAACAAAAAUUUUGCAAUGAUUAUUUUAGGCAUCUACAAGGCAAGGAAAUAGGAGAGAUAGUUCUGAGUAUCCAGUGAUACGUAAAUGCUGGAAGUUCCCCACAACAACAGGGAUCUGUACAGUGUUGAAACCUGUAUGGGGUUUAGCCUCAGGUUAUAUAAAAGGGAUUUGCCAUGACUGUGAGAUCAGUCUAACAGUGCUUCCCUGUGGGAAAACUGUAUGGAUAAAUAUGCUGAUGAGUGAGAGAUAUUGCAGCAAUGCUGCCUAUAGAUAAAUGUAAAGUACUUAAAGAAGUGCCCAACCCCAUCCCUGUGCUGGGUGAAGCGACUGUGUAGGAGCUUUGUUGGUUUGUGAAGUGUUUGUGACUGCUCAGGGGUGCAAUUUCAGAACUGCAAGCUAUGGCUGUGGUUACAAAAGAGUGUGGGAACGUUUAUCCAACUUACAUGUGACAGAAGCAACAGUAGAGACUUCUACUGCAUGCACUUUAUUUUAAUGCAAGCAUUUCAUUAAGGAUUUCAACACUGUACGUGUAUUUUACUGCAGACAUUCUGGCUCUGCCUCAUCCUUUUAGAAGGCAUUCAGUGAUUUUGAUUCCGCAAAACAACGUGUUGAAUUGGUCAAACUUUUAAAAUCAAAACAUUCAAUCUCAACAUUUUAACACACACAUAAAUAUGUUAGGUACCAAAAUUUAGUUUGGACUUUUUGUCUUAGGUAUGCCAGAGGUGUCUGAAAAAUAGGAGCUUGGGUUCAUUACAGAGCCAAAAGGGCAGGAGAGGGGAUGGGAGAGUGUCAUGGCUUGCAUCCUCCCAAUUAUUAGUUCCUGGUGUAAUACAUGUUGUCCUUCCUUAUGUCUCUUGCUCUCAUUCCAUUACUUUUCUUCUCGUUUUAAUAAGCCUCUCCGUACAAUGACAUGAAUCAAUGUGGUAUGAAUUGAAUUAAUGUAGAUCCGUGACACUUCUUCAGCCUGGCAAGUGGUACACAUGGAGUUUCCACGAUAAUUUUAUAUAAAUAUAGAAGCCACUAGUAACAGUAGUGAACAAGCUGGAUUGAUUUUAGGACAAUGUUGUCUUUUGACUGGGAUGUUAAACUGUUUAAUUAUCCAAGCAACUUGGAAUUAUGAGAUUUGGAAAAGAUGUUAAGUGAGUUGGCAGUGCUAAAACACAGCACGUAGGAGUGAUGCAGGGCUGCCUCUAUUGAAAUCCUUGCUGAACAGAUCCCAAGCCCCAGUUCUCCAAUUUCUGACUGAAGAUGUACAGGUAAGCAUCUCUCUUCCACUGUAUGAAACUGAGUGUGAAUCAUCACCCUCACUGAUUUCAUCUUGAAAAAGUUGACGUUUCCCCACUGAAGCCAGAUGGCUUUUACUAUUAGUUUCUGCCUCAUGGCUGCUUUACUUUGACCAAAUGCAGCAGACAGGACAUCCACUGGCUCCACAUAGUUUGUCACAGUGGGGAGCCACCACCCUGCUGGGCUGUCCUGUUCCUGACAUUCCAACCACUGUGUGCUCAGGGCACAUCUCUUAUUAAUGCAAACAAAUAAGUGGCUCGUGUUAACUCCCACAGAAAGACAAAUUCAACUGCUUUGUGUUUAGUGAGAACUUUAAAUGCUGGCCAGUGUCACUUCCCAUGAGUGGGAGAACUGCUGGCAGCUAAGUCUUAGGGAGUGCAGGAUUUACUUUGCCUACCUUUGCUUUGUGCAUCACUGCCAAAGAGAGAUCAGGUGGGAGCUGCCAGGCUGAGGGGGAAGUGCUGCUGUCACUACAUCCAUUUUGGUGUCUGUCCAGUGGACCAGGGUCAAAGCUGAUAGGUUUGGGGCUCUUAUAAUGCACAGUAGUAUCUCACUCUGCUCUGCCAAAAGAAGAAACACAAUGGCUCUCUUUGCUGAGUGUUGUAAGAGUAUACCCUUAAGUGUAAGAGCUAAUUCCAAGAUACCUAAAUAUAAAUACUCAAAAUAAUGCAAAUUUUAAAUAUCAUAAAUACAUUGCCUAAGCAUAUAAAAUAACACCUAGUUGUCUAACUGCCAUAUUAAUGUACCUUACCACAGGGCAGACAAGCCUGAACAGUUUUGUUGCUCACAAUAAUUUCUGGCCCUGGGAAGAUUCUUCUCCCACUUUAAAUGUCAUUAUCAUCACAGCAUGUGGAAAGAAGUAUCUCACAUAGGAAGAAAGUCAGGUGGAAAAGCAGAAGAAGUUAUAGUUAUGUGAACUUUGUGGGGAAUCAAAACUCACACUUUCAAUCAUUUUCAGUGAGAAGGAGAGGAAAUUCCUCAAAGAAAAAAGCAUUUCAUGCAAAAUGUCCUGGUUUGUCUUCCAGGCAUGCGUUCAGGACCUGAGAAAUGUUAAGUGACAGGGAAAAUCCUUACAUAUAUCAGCUCCAAACACAAAGCUAUUGUAGAGUGACAAAAGUUUAUAGUAUCUGUUCUUGCUAGUGGCCUUUGCAUAUAGAAAGGAGUGAAUAAAGCUGUGUUUUGAUCAAGACAUGAAUUGAUAUUGCUUAAUCACAGAAUCAUCAAGGUUGGAAAAGACCCACAGGAUCACCCAGUGCAACCAUCAAUAGAUUAAUAGAGCCACUCUUACUGAUACUCAUGUAGAUUCAGUUCUUUUCAUUACUUCAACUGAAUGCAAACAAAUCACAUCUGAGAUUUCUUGUGUUUUCUUAAAGCUCAGAGAUAGAAGGUACGAGAAACUGGGGGAAAAAUGUUAAGAUGCAUGGAGAAAUGUGAAUAGAUGCUGUUUCAUUACACAGUGUCAUAGAACUCCAAAUUGUUGAAGGAAAAAAUUGUCAGUAUGGGAAUGAACAAAUGACAGGAGUGAAACCUUAAUCUCUUUAAUCUCACUAGUAAAUUCAUCACAUCUAUUGGCUAAUUGCUAAGAUUCACUGUCAGAAGAAAUUAUCCUUCUCCAUAAGCCCAGCCUUCCAUGAAGCAUUGAAAUAUGUAACAAUAUUAACUAUACUUUCACAUACCUGUGCAUGAGCUGCCUUAAUAGUGAGGGACUCCUUAGGCAUCAACUGCACUUAUACUUUUAUUACUAUCUCUUACUUUUUCGAGAACAUUGAUCUUUAGGUAAGCUGGUAUGUGAGCCAGCUUUACCUUUGUGUGCCCAUUCUAUAUAUACACAAGAACUGCAGUCAAAGGGAAGUCUAAGUACGACAUGGGUUUCAGUCAUGAUUAAGGCAAGCAUCUCCUCUUGUAUUGCUGCUAGGAAUAGGCAGAAGUACGUGCUGAGGGGCUUCUUGAGUUCAGACCUACAAGUCGAGGGGCAAAAAGGAUGUAAAAUUAAGGGAAUUUUCUGCCUAUGGUUAUUUGAAAUGGGUCUUCACUGAAGGGUUCACUUCUUAACCCUUCCCUUGCCACAGCGAGAAUGUCUCGCCCAAGUCUGCUGGGCUCGUCUAGGACAGUGGGCUAAAAUGGGGUCCAUACUUUAAGCACACUGGGAGACUCCUGGCUUUGCAUUGAGGGCACUGGUGAAACCACUCCACUCAUAACACCCAAAUAUAACCACAUAUUUCCUGCAGUGUGUUUGGGGAGUUGCACCAUGACCAACAUGGUCCCUUAUAACCACAGUGUGGUUCCAAAACUGCAUAGAAACCAUAGAUAUACCCCCAAAAAAGCCAGAUGUGCCCCAGAGAAGUCAGCAGUGCUGCUCCACUGGACACAGAGCUGCUCAGCUCCUGCUUCUCACAUACCUUUGUGCCUGAAUCAUAGAAUCACAGAAAGGCUUGGGUUGGAGGAGAAUGUCAUGCCAGUCGGUGCUGACACAGCCCUGGGGACAGCCACCAGUGCAGGGCUCCAUCAGGGCAGCCCCUCUCCUGAGGGAUGUGAGCACAGAGCUACUGCCUUUCAUCCCUAUGCUUAAGUGGUGCCCAGACCGCCGCCAUCCGCUCACAUACGAUGCAGGGUAGGAUCCAUACCCAGCACUUGACCUAUGCUUUCUUGGAACAAACGAUGCCUGGUAUAUUUUUGUGUGUGUGUGUGUGUUCCAUCUUUCUCUUUGUAAACAUGUUUGCCACAAUUUAGUGACUGUAAAUAUUGAGCGAGUGUAUCAUCACAAAAGCAUUCUGUUAUUAUAAUCCCACUGAAAUUGUAGACACGUUGGAAAACAAACAAAAUGAAAGGGCUAAGAGGGAAAAACCUCACAGAUGUAAGGUGGCCUUUGUUUUCUCUGUUUGGAAUAUAAAGGUCUCUACUCUGCUCUCAGUGACCACGAGGCAGAUGCAUCUCCCACGAGAUGACGUGAGUAAACGUUGGGUGCAACACUGUGUGCCCGGACCUCCCCAGGUGACGUCUGUGACUCACAUGUUUAAGGUUGGGCAUUUGAAGCACGGGACGCAGCUGUGUGCAGGGCUGCUCAGAACUCCAGCCCCACACGGGGCCCUACCCCUUUGGAAGCGUGCCCUGUGAUUCUGAAGGGCAAAGAUUUACCCAGUGCAGUUCAAUUUGAAGCCAUUCCGUGACAUUUUGCAAGUGCACAUCCACUGCACAGAGGUGGGCGAUGAGCAGACACUUCGCUGGCACUGCGGGUGCCCCAGGAAGGGCAUGAGGGUCUCGCAUGCUCUUUUUAACUGAGAUGGUAGUCGGGCCCGAGCACGGGCUCCCCAGGGCAGUGUCACGGCCCCAGUCUGCCAGAGUUCAAGAAGCGUUUGGACAACGCGCUCAGACACAGGGUUUGAAUUUGGGGUGGUCCCGACCGGAGCCGGGUGAUCCCUCGGGAGAGGCCCUCCCGUGUCUCGGCUCAGGGCACGGGACCGCCAGGGGCCUCGGCAGCGACGCUCCCGCCGUGACGGGCGCGGGGCGGGGCAGGCCGGGCUGCGGGGCCGGGCGUAGCGCGAGUGGGACUGGAAGCGGGAGCCGCCGAGCUGAAGCUGCUAUGCCCACUGAAAUCAGCCGGGCCGUGAAAAUGCACGCCAUCUCCGACCUGCACUCGUCCCUCAGCGCGCGGCUGCUCAACAAGGGGCCGGAGUACCUCCGCCGGCAGCUGGGGGCCGGCACCCCCGGCCGGAGGAGCGCGGCGGAGAGGCUGGCAGCCGAUAAGGCCAAGUAUGUGAAAAGUCAGCAGGUAAUCAGCACCAAGCAGGAGCCCGUCAUCGUGCUCAGCUCGGCCUCGGAGUGCAGCAGCGAGAGCUGCUCGGUGGAGAGCACCAAAACGACCAGGGACGUGGGCAGAGUGAAGGGCGCGAAGCCGCUGGAGCGGGCGAAGGCGGGGUGCGCCUGGCGGGGCCCCCUGCAGCACGGCCCCCCCAUCGCCCGGCGCAGCACCCCCAGGAGGCAGGGCCGGCCCGACUCCCUGGUGAUCUACCGCCAGAAGUGCGAGCUGGGGAGAGGGCAGAGCCAGGACGGCUCGCGAGGCAGCUUGGUGAGGAAGUUCUUCCAGGGGCCUGGCAAGGAAAAGCAGUUGUCUUCUCCUGGGGUGCCCAGAGUCAUUAUGGAGGACAGCACGGCCGCUGAGAGCAAAGAGCCUCACCUGGCUGAGCUCCCUGUCCGUGAGCCCAGCAGCUGUGGAGCUGAGCAAGCCAUCACAGCGAGCACCGAAGAGCCAAGCGUUUGUACAACAGAGCUUGGGAAGUCCUCUACAUUGCCUGCACCUCCUGAAGAGGUCAAGGAGGUGAAGAGGAGAGGUCUCCAUCGCUCCCAGUCGGACAUCAGCUCUCGCUACUCCAAGUCCUUCUCCGAGUUUGACACGUUCUUCAAGUUCUGUGGCCUGGAACAGGAGGUCAUUGACGACUUGGGGAGAGAGAACUUCUCAGUAGUGUCCGACAACGUCUCCUUCAAGAUCCGCAGCAUCAGUGUGGCCACGUCUGAGAGCGAUUUCACGCGGCACAGCGGGGACGAGGGGCUGCUGGAGGACGAGCUCACCGAGCAGGUCCCCAGCAGUACCUCAGUGAUCGAGCGCAACGCCCGCAUCAUCAAGUGGCUGUACACCUGUAAGAAAGCCAAGGAGAGCAGCAAGGCGAUGCAGGAACUGGCGUGAAGGCUUCCUGCGGCGUGUGCUGCAGCCUGGUAAAUGCAAGAAUCCUUGACUUGGAAGUUAAACAAGACCAGACACAGAAAGAAACUCUUCCUUCAUCUGGCCCAUCUGGCUUCAUCUGACUUCAACUUUGUCCAAUUUCAGUAUUCUUGCCUCUUUCCCUUGUCCUCAUCCCCUAGCAGCCUCACUCAUGUCAUAAGCACAGAGAUAUCCAAGAGAGUGAUGACAACUGGAGAUCAUGAACUGUGCUGCAGCAAGGCAGCAGGAAAUGAAAAGUCCCGGGAACACAAAGUGUGCUGUCAACGCGGAUAUCCACCAUCAGGUCACUACCCCAGAAUGUCACUCCAGGCUGUGGCAGAAGGUCCCGUUUCUUGCCAGUAAUGUUUGUCAUGCACCCGUCUCUUGCCAGUAAUGUUUGUGAGUAGGAAUGGGAGGAGAAAGUAGGAAUGAAGUGGCAGUGACCCCUGGACAAGGUGUCACCCUGCAGGCAAGCUGGCUCCACCCAGCUUUUCAAAGGCCCAGUCCCAUGAGGGCUGUUUGACACUGGCUCAUCCUGGCAUCAUUAAGUGUUUGCCUGGCUGGCAAGGACUAGCUGUGGAGGCUUUAUCUGGGAGAUUUGGCAAACACAUCGUAAGCUAAAUCUCUGUCAAAUGUCUCCUUCUCUAAUGGUAUUCAAGCCACAUUGUACUGCCUUGUGUCUGUCUAGUUUGCUGUGUCUUACACUGUGCUCAACCAGUGGGGAGGAAUAGCUUUUAAGACACUGUCCAAAAUCUUUUUAACAGCACAGUUCCAAGAAAAAGGUACUAAAAAAAUAGGGUUGCCUUGCUGCAAAGUGGUCUAAUUGAAAUUUAUGCAGGCUCCUCCACUGUGCUUGCCACAUCUCUGACUACCGGAGAGGGUUUCAUUACAAUGUAUUGCAGUUCAUGGCUCAACGCCUUGCAUUUUAUGCACCAUGAGUGAGCAGUUGGCUUGUAGAAUUGUACUGGGAAACUGUAUACCUAUAUGCAAGAUCAAACUUCCCUAGUGUAGGUGUGGAGUGGUGUUGUGCUUGGAAUGGACAUGCUGGCAUCCCUGCACCAUGAGCCAGAGGACCUGUUAGGGGCUGUGCCAGGUAGAUGUCCUAGUGGGAUAAGAUCCAGUGUACACACCACCUCACUCAGUAUUCUCAGUAGAAUGCUUCAUUUAAACUGGCUAAUCAAAACAUGCUUCAGAAGUACUUUGAAUAACCAGUGUAGUGAGUGGGGCCUCUACAAUAACUUAUAGGCCUAGCUGGCCAUGCCCCAGGUACUUUAGUCUGUCAUUACUUACUAGAGAGUGUCUGAGGCCAAAGGAUUUCUUUGCAUGUUAAAACAUACACAAAAAGAUGUGAAAUAAAAACCAAUCAAAGACAAUCCCCUUUUGGUCAUAUCAAGGCCAACCAACAACAGCUGUGCAUGCAGGAUUCCAGCUGGGCCUCCUACAGAGGUUAGGCAUGAGCUCUGUGUUGCCAUGGGCCUGGCUUCCUGCUCACAAUGCUGGCCUUCAGCUGGCCCUCAAACCUGGGUUGUGGGAAGUCCAGAAAAAGGAGCUUUCAUUCUCCACAUUCCUACUUGGUCGCACAGAACUCUUUGGGCCUCUUCUGGCUCAGAACAGCCGCCAGAGCAGCCAGGUGGAAGCAGAGCUCAAAUGAGCACUUGGGCUGCAUUUUUGAAGUGUUUGUUGCUCUUGAUAAAUAAACCUGCUGGAGUGCAAAGGGCAGAGAAUAGUGGCACUCCUAGGAAACACCUAUCGUGGGAGGCGCAGUUUCCCGUUUUGAACUUACACAAAUGUGGCAUGCUGACAGAGUUGCCCUUGAAGCAUUCAUCGAGUGCUGCAGUUGGCAGUGGUUAAAUGCACAGCAAGAUGGCUGGGCUGCAUUUCCAUGUGUCUAAAAUAUGCUUGUCAGUCACUGGAAGGGUAGUUUGCAAUUACAGCAACUGUUUGAGAAUGCAGGGCAUUUGCCUUCAUUUUCUAGUGUCACAUACUAAGGUCUGCGUGUCUGAAAUUGUCUAGGUAGGUAGAUAACACUUCCCGAUAAAAUAAUUGUUGAACCUGUUUCAAAGUUAAGAGAGAACCAAAUAGUUUGCAUGAGUGAACCUCUGCCAACUUAGAGGGAAGCUUGUAUGUGGAGAUAUCUUUGUUAAAUAAUGAAAAUUCCAUGUGCAUUUGUUACAUUAUUUCCAUAGGAUGAUUCUUAGAAAACUACAACUCAAGAUGCUGCUAAUAUGAUUUAUGCAAUUAAGGUGCAGUUUUUAAAGGUACAGAGGCUUGGUUUAUUAGCCAGGAACACAACCUACUGUAUCUGUUGUUUUCAUGCUCACUGUGUGAGGUACUGUACUAUACAAGUAUUUAAGUGCUUUUGUCAGAGGCUGAUGACUACUUUUCUUUGCAAAUAUGAAUUGACUGCAGGCAGUUUGGAGUCCAGGAGAAGUCGUUUGUGUUACAAGUCAGUGCCAUGACACACCAGAGAGUUGUUUUGUUUUGUAUCUGGGAAAGAUUUUUUGUUUCAUUUUCAAACUUCCUUUUUUUUUUUGGCUUUUUAAGUUGAACAGCUCUCAACUUUCAAGUUAAGAUGGAAAUGCUAGGGGGGAAAGAAAAGGAAGACGCAUUGGUAGUGUGUUUUCAGUAGUAGGAAGGAAUAUGUUUAAUUGACUUGGAAGUAAUGAACUCCAGCCUUUGUUAAAAACAAUUAAGAUUUUAUGACAAAGAUUAGUGAAAUAAGAACUGGAGUAUUUUUAAUUCCCCUUUAUUAUCUUUUUUCAACAGUUUAACGUGAUUGUGGUGACAUUCUGCACUGAUGUAUGACAAAAUUUCCUUCGCUUUGUUCAAGUUUUGAUAGGAGCCCUGAAUGCUCAAGGUAUCAUCAAGAUGUGGACCUAAGAUGAUCCCCUGAUAAGCUUUAUAUGCAUUUGUUUAAAAACAUCUUCUGCGUAAGCUGAUAACCUGCUUUUCCCAGCAUGCCAGGAAAGGCAGUAGAUGACAGUCCUUUUUCUGAACGUCUAGAGGAUGGAUGAUUUGGUGCUUACUCCAAAGCUCAGUACUUCACUCCGCUCCUGUUAUUGUUACACACUAUGGCUUUUCCUUUCUUCUGUUGGGUGCUUCAGUCAUCUCUCUCAAAAUAAGAAAAGUAUACUAGUGUUAGUCACUGCCUGUCUUUCCCCAAAAUAUGUUCUCAAGGUGCUUUUACUACUUCAUUAUAAAAGACUUGACUUGGAAGGGUUGUUUUUUUUUCAGCUUUAGUGCUAAACUGAGGUAGAGCAGGCUGUUGAGGUAAUGCAGACACUUCAGCAAUGGAAUUGGAUUGCCAUUCUUUUGGGAAACCUCAGACUGAGGCAGAGGGCAAAGACAAGUCAUAAAUUGAAUGAUUUUGUUGAACUAUGUAAACUAAGAUAGUCAAACGGAGUUUUACACCCAAGUGUUUCAAAGUGCUCCAACCCUGUGACAGGGGGCAAUGUCUGCAGCUGUAACAUAACAUGUGAAAGGUACAAAGUCCAAUUUUUAUUGCCUGGAAGCUAUUAUUUGCAAUAAACACAUAGAGACUGUAACCCUUGCAACAUAUUGUAAAUAUUACUGUACAGAAAUCUGUAAGUUACAAAUAAAGAUUGUUCUAUAAUACGCGUAUUACUUUUCUAAGGGAGGUAAAUCCUUGUGUUUGGUGAAAUCAGACAAACAUACAUCGAUGGGCGUUAAGCAGAAACUUUCUCCUGGGAGAAGCCUGUCCUGUUGUUGCCUCCUGUGAAGUUUCUUACAUCUUCUUUUGAAGCCUGUAAAAUGGAGUACUGGUCAGAUCUGCUAUGCAGCUUUCUAAGUUGUUGUAUUUAUAUAUCCAUAUAAAAAGAUGUGUUUACUAUUGAGUGCAUACAAAUAAAAAUACGACACUGAGA